UCGGAGUCUCUAAAGUAGAUGUCAACAUGCCGGCGAUCAGGUGGCUGCCGCCUUCACUUUUAUUAUUCACCUUCCUGUGGACUCUCUGCCUCGGGAAUGACUUUUUGGGCUGCGGGGGAUACGUGAGGAGCGAUGUGGACAUUAAUUACGCUCAAGUUGGUGUUAAAUUGUACACAAAGCAGGGAAACUUGAAGUAUGAGACAGAAUGUGCUCCAAACAACGGCUAUUAUUUCAUGCCUAUUUACGACAAGGGCCAAUACAUCAUUAAGGUGUCUCCUCCUUCGGGUUGGAGUUUUGACCCGGAAGAAGUGUCAGUGACAAUUGAUGGAGAGACAGACGCCUGCAGCCAAGGGAAGGAUAUCAACUUCCACUUCAAAGGCUUUGCUGUGAUAGGCAAGGUUGUCAGCAUUGGCAGCACCUCUGGCCCUGAGGGAGUGACUGUGUCCCUGCACCGGGGAGACGCCCUCAUCCAGACAACACAGACCUCCGCUGACGGCUCAUAUGUGUUCACACCACUGUCAUCGGGGAAGUACACAGUGGUGGCAACACACUCAACCUGGACACUUAUCAAGAGCAAGGUGACAGUGGAAGUUGCCGAUGAGAAUGGUGAUGCUGGUGCCUCCAUAGUGGUGGGUGGGUACUCCCUCUCAGGAAGUGUCAUAACUGAUGGACAGCCAACCUCAGGAGUCAACUUUAUCCUCCACUCUCAGGAUGCCUUGGCAGCACAACCAGCCUGCACCCUUGGAAGCCCAGCAGGGUACGAGAACACGUUGGGUCUACCAGCUGUGUGUUAUGUGGUGUCUGAUGCUGCUGGCUCCUUCACCUUUGGCCUGGUGUCUCCAGGAGUGUACAUGUUGGCUCCUUACUUCCACUCCCCCACCACCAAGUAUGAGGUGACGCCAAGCAAGCUGGAGGUGGUGGUGGCUCACAAUGAUUUUGUGCUUCAGCAGCCAUUCAAGGUGGAAGGGUUCAGCAUGAGUGGCAGGGUGACCAAGAGUCCUGGCGGGGAGGUCAUUGCUGGUGCCAAGGUUCUGCUGGAUAAAGUGAGGGCAGCAGUGACUGAUGAGAAUGGUCUUUACUACUUUGAGAACAUCCAGUCUGGGAAACACAAGAUUAAAGUAACUGCAGACAAGCUUGAGUUUGAAGAAGCGACAGUGAAUAUCAGCCCUAAGCAGCCAGUGGUGGGUGACCUCUCUCCUGUGAAGUAUGAAGUGUGUUUCUCUGUCACUGUGGAGAAGACAGCAUCCCACAGCGGUCCCUGGACCAUCAAGAUAACAGGGGAUGCCAAAGCUAUUCAGACCUUGCAGACAGAUGUGGAUGGCCGAGGCUGCAGCUUCCUCACCCCUGGGUCCUACUCUGCCUCAGUGAAGCUUUCCCAGGCAGCAGAUGAGGCAGGCAUGAGAUUUGGUCCUCUUGAGCAUCUGUUCAGUGUUGUCUCAGACCCUAUUGGAGAGCUGGCCUUCUCACAGUUCCUGGGUGAAAUAUCAGGGAGGAUCUCAUGUUUGGAGGAGUGCCCCACCCUGACAGUGACCCUCCAGCCUGCCCAGGGGAGAUCUGGAGCUCCAACCAGUGUGACUGCCAAGGAUGGGGUUUUCUCUAUUUCUGAGGUGGUUCCUGGGUCUUAUCUGCUCAGUGUGCAGAAAGAUGACUGGUGCUGGAAACUCAAGACAAUUCCAGUGACUGUAAACACACAGAAUGUUGAAGUGUCUUUGGAACAAGUGGGUUACCAGCUCACCCUUGCCUCUUCCCAUGAAACCACCCUCAGCUACACCACCACCACUGGCGCCUCGGGUACCAUCGUUGCUCAGAGGGGAAGUACACUGGUCUGCAUGUCUGGGCCAGGCGUGUACACCCUCACACCAGUCGGCUGCCAUAAGUUUGGAUCCACCCAAAUUAAUUGGAACACUUCCACUCCAAACUUGGUCACCCUCUCUGCCACCAAACACCAACUGACUGGCACAGUGCGGGCAACAGAGGUGGCGCCAUUCACUGUUGAGGUUCACUCUGGCAGCAAGACAGUGUUGGGCCCUCUCAACCCAUCCUCAGAGGACCCACACCUAUAUGUCUUUGAGCUGUGGGUGCGUGAGGGGGAGACCAUCACCCUGACCCCCGGCUCCCCGACCAACCUGUACCAGUACGAACCGAGCUCCCACACCCUGACCAUGCCUGCUGACUGUGUGCUCAACGCUGUCACCUUCCGGGCCGAACGAGCUCUCUUCAUCCAUGGCAAGAUCACUCCACCGGUCUCUGGGGUCACCGUCACUGUGGAGGGCAGCGGCAAAGUGUACACCUAUACCUCCGAUGCUGACGGGAAGUAUGUGGCUGGACCGUUGGAUAAUUCAGUGGAAUACUCUGUCAGUGCUGAGAAGAGAGGCUAUGUCAUGAAUGCACUGAGUGAGAAGGGACACUUUGAGGCAUACAAGCUGGCGGAGAUCGUGGUGGAGGUGAAAGACGAGGACGGGACACCACUUCCCGGAGUCCUCUUGUCAAUGUCUGGAGGGAAGAGUUACCGGCAGAACAGCCUGACAGAGAACGACGGCACAAUUGCCUUCCUUUCCUUGACCCCCGGCGACUACUUCCUGCGGCCUAUGAUGAAAGAGUAUAUGUUUGAGCCAGCCUCCAAGAUGGUCAGUGUGGCAGAGGGAGCCACCAUCAUUAUCACCAUCAGAGGGUCCCGGGUGGCCUACAGUGUUUAUGGACACACCGUCUCGCUGAGUGGUGAGGCAGAGACUGAUGUGGUGGUGGAGGCGGUGGGAAGGGGAUCGGAGUGUGACCAGUACCAGGAGGAAGCUGUGUCUGAUGCACAGGGCGCCUUCAGGAUUCGGGGACUGUAUCCUAAGUGUCAGUAUGAGCUAAGGCUGAAGAAAGGCAAUGGCAUAAACCUUCAUGUGCAGAGAACCCUUCCCUCCACACGCUCAGUUCACGCCGACAAUAAAGACGUGCGUGAUCUGAAACUCAUCGUGUUGCGGCCGUUCAACCAGAUGGAUGUGGCAGCUAAGGUGGACACAGACCCCCAGCACUUGUCCUCCCUGGUGGCUCAGCUGUACCGGGAGGACCUACCAGACUCCCCCAUUCAGACCAUCAAGCUUGGACUGCACCCUUACUUCAUGCUUCCCCCAAUGACUGCUGAUAGACGCACGUACUUCCUGCGCCUCGAGUCCAAUUUGCCAUCCUCCCAGUAUCAGUACUCAGUCUCAGAAGUCUCAUUCGUGGCAGACUCUGCAUUUAAACACCUCAAUUUAAGUUUCAAGCCAACGCUGAGAAGUGUGGAUGCUGAAAUGAGUCAGGGAACAGUAGUGGGCUUUGCUACCGCCAUUAUAUUGGUGAUGCUUGCUUUCAAUUACGACAAGAUGGGAUCCUUGAUGGAGAAGGUGUCGCAUGUUGUGACCACCGUGACGGCUCCUCGAGUUGUCCAGAAGUCCUCAUCAGCGAUGUCUGAAGUGCCGUCCACUGAGACGGGAAGGAAGAGAGUCAAGCCAAGAAAAGUUUGAUGUAUCAGGAAUGUAAAGAUUUUUGUUGUUAUGAGUGUAAAUUUUUAUUGUUUGUUCCAUCUUGUUUUAUUUAAUGUGUAAAUAUUUAGCAAGUGUUGCCUGUGUGCUGCAAGGAGUAGGUAUCUUUCUUUUGAGUGUUUGUUUCUCCUGUCUUUCCUGAGUGCGGCGUUGUGUGACAUGUUUGUGUAAUAGACAAUGGAAAGUUGUGAAUGUUUGUGCAAAUAUUAAUUGUAAGUACUGUUAUGAUCUGUGUAAGGUGUAUUGCAGUCUUUCCUCAUUAGUCUCAUGCUCAUGAUUGUAUAGUUCUACAAACAUUACAAAAACAAUUGUAAAUGUCUUCAAAAGCACAAACUUCAUGUAGUGAAUCAAAUAAUCAAAGUUGUUCUUUUAAAUAAACUUUGUGGAAUUAA